GUGUAACAUUAAAUUAACUAAGACUAUUAUAAUAUACAAUCUAUACAAGUGAACAAAUAUCUGUACAACUAUUUAAAUAAGAUUGGUAACUUUAUACGAACUGUCAACGUCCAAAUCAUAUGUGCUAUAAUAACACAAAACCGACAUAUAUAUAAAUGUUGUCUAUGCCUUAAACAUUUAUUUAUUAAUAUUCAAUAAUUUUUAAUGUGGAAAUUUUAGCAAUAAGUUUCAAUACAUUUAAUGAAGCUACUGAAAAGUCCAAUUGAUUUAUCUACAUCUGUAGAAGUGUCUUUGUGUUUUAUUUAGGCAUUCUUCAUAUACAAAAUGUUUCAACCGAUAAAGCAUAACAUUUUCGAUACAGUUAAAUUAGAACCGUUGAACUAUUAUCAAAACAAUGGUGAUGCAUCGGAAUACGCUUAUUCGUCAGUCUCUUACAUUACCCCCGAAGUAACCAUAAAAUAUGAGAAUUCCGCACACCCCAAGGAAAUGAUCUAUCAGAGUCAUAAAGUCGAUGAAAAUGACCAGCAAAGUAAAAUCAAAUGCCAAAUGAACGCAAAGACAAAGGCUCAAACUUGCAAAAUCUGUAAUAGGACUUUAGCGUCAGCUUCCAGCUACUAUGUGCACAUGAAGCAACAUUCUGAUAAUAAACCAUUUGGUUGCUCUAGAUGUGAUGCCUCAUUUUGCAGAAAACCGUACUUAGAGGUAGGUUCACAUGAGAGUUCACACGGGCGAAAGACCUUACCAAUGUGAUAUUUGCAAAAAACGCUUCACCCAAAAAUCUAGUCUAAAUACUCACAAACGAAGUCAUUCAGGCCUUCGACCAUAUUCUUGUACAAUCUGUAUGAAAACUUUUACAGUUAAGAGUUACUUAACUGCCCACCAAUGGACUCAUAUUUCGGACGCAGGUGUAACAUGUGAUGAAUGCGAAAUAACGUUUACAAAUAAAAGUCAAUAUUUACAACACAUGGAGACUCACAAUAGGAAGGAAUUUCAAUGCAGGGAAUGUAAUAAAGCAUUUGUAAAGGAAUCCUAUUUGAUCAGACACAUGAAUAGAAUUCAUAAGUUAAUAGCCAGUGAUUAGCAAGCAAAGUUAGAAAGCGUAAGGUAUAAAAGUGAACUUUUUAUUAGUGGAUUGCUGAAUCUCAUCUAUGGAGUUUGGACGGAAAAGCCGAAAAUGACGAACUAUAAGACCCAACUUUUAAUUAAUUAAACGUAUUGAGAACGAAUAGUAAUGUGGAUUAGAAGCAGCCUUGUGGUUAAUUUGUACAUUUUAAUCUUUGCAAUCAAAAAUUAACAAACUGAGGCUGAUCUUGGCUUUUCAGGUUGAAUGACUUAAAUGUUCACGUGUUGAACCUUUUUUGUAGGCGUUCAGUAAACUAUUAGUCUCCGUAUUGGAUUUUUCAAUGCUUUAUAUAUGAGUGGAUAUGCGUUCGAAUUAUUAGCAGUACAAAACCCAGCAACCCAGUUUUUUCAUUUUGAAUUUUGCUUUUAAUAUAUAAAUAUGUAUAAUUACAUUUUUAGAUGACGUUCUUAGGAUUAAUCUCAAUGAAAAUUUUCCUAUUUCUGAAUACAUUCAUAUUGACCUUUUUACUGUCCAAAUAUACUUUACAUGAGGCAUACUAAUUUACAAUGUUAUUUAUGUUUUGGGCGGACUCUCGUUGACGAGAUAUGAAUACAUAAAUUUGUAAAAUGUAUUAUUGUGAUUUAUAAUUUAAACCAAAUUGCUUUAUAAUUAUAUACGUUUAAUAAUAGCAUAUAAAUAAAAUGAUCCAAUAUUAA